ACACUACUCCAGGGAGGGCAGCAACUCCAGCUCCUUUCUGUGGAUGUGGGGUCAGGAUCCAUCACUGGUGCUUUUGAGGAGCAUCAACACACUGGCUUCCAGAAGCAUGGAGACUUGGCAAGCAGAGAAGGACCUGGCACUGUGGGCAAGUGCCAAUGGGAGUGGAUGAGGUUGAACGAAAACACCCCUUUCUGCUUCUCCCUGCAGCAGGAACAAGAUGCACAGGGGUGGGAGACUCUCACCCAGGGCUGGCCACCGACCGUCCAGGUGUUCCAAAUCCUGGCUUUGCACAGGGAAAGGCAAUGAGGAGAGGAGGCAAUAUCCAGCCACAGGCAGUCCAUGCUGACUGGUCCCACCAUGAUCCUGCUCACAGGAGACCUUAGCAAGGUGACCAAGGCCACAUGAUGCAGAUGGCUGAGGGAGAGCAACACAGAAAUCAAGAAGCUGAAAACAAGAAAUGGUAUUUCCCUUUUUUUAUUUCUGGCACUGUACACCUGCAGAGGGGAAUAUUCCAUGGUGACAUCACUCAGUGGUGGAGGGUGACCUGCUAAGCAGCAGAUUGUGACAUCAGUGGGGGAUGGAUUGUAACAUCACAUCUCCUUCUGAUUAUAUCUGGGCUCUGGCAGAGCCUGAGCCAAUCUGGUUCUAGCCUUGACUCCUGCUGAGCGAGAGUGCAAGGUCUGGAGCAUCUAGUCAGACUUCUUCAAGUGCUGGGUGGUGUGUUGGGAGCUGCCUUUGGCAGCUGCCAUUGCAGAGCCAUCAGUAGUGUUUUCCCAGCCCUGCUUGGUUCAGGCAGCCUGGCACUAUAGGUAGCAGUGAAGGUUGGCUACCUUCAGUAGCUGUAAAGGGAAAACACCCCCCUGGGGUGGGGCAGAUGAUUGGAUUCAGGGAACCAGGAGGGUGUCCUUCUUGAGAGAGCUGGGCAUUUCUUUUUCCCCUUGCUGGGAUAGUCAGGAGGGCUGUCACACAGUCACACAGUUCUCUCCUGCUCUGUGUGACGCCAACAAAAGGGAGCAUCUCCUGGUCCUCAGCUCUUCCCAGUGUGCUGCAGAGCACAAAAAUGGCCAUGGAGACAGCCUGGACCUGCCCCAUUUGCCAGGACACUCGGAGGAGCAGGGCUUCUGUUCUGCCCUGUCGCCACCAGUUCUGCCUGAGCUGCAUCCUGCAGUGGGCACAGAGAAAUCCAUCGUGCCCACUCUGCAGAACACCGAUAGAUGCUGUCAGGUUUUCUGAGCAGGGCAGAUGGGACUCUCUUCUGUUUGUCAUCACGCAUCCUGGAGAGUCACCACAGGCCAGCAGCCAGGCAAGACGAGCUUCUGGAGAGUCACCAGAGACUCCUACAGUGAGGAAAAGAGGCCCCCAGUAUCCUGGGGCAUCCCCUUCAUCUUCUCCGCAGGGGACAGUGUCCCCACCUGAGCAGGGGGCUGCAGGGCCAGAGCCCAUGGGUGGCAUUCUGCCCGAAGUGUGGGCAGAACUUUUCCAACGACAACAGCAUCUCCUGGACCCUGUGCUGCCCUGGCUACGCCAGAGGCUUGAGGAAAUUUACUGCAAUUGGUGGUUGCCAGUACAGGUUGCUGAGAGCAGAAUCCUGUCUGAUCUCUGUGUCUACGGUCUACAUGAGGAGACCUUGAUCCUUAGGCUGCAGAACCACCUCAGAGGACGUGCAGCACCACUGGUUCGUGAGCUUAUCAAUGUUAUUGUGAGCCAGUGCAGCGAGGAGGCUCAGAGGCUCCUGCACUCCCACACUGAUGGAGAGGAAACAGGUGGGAGCUAUGUUUCAAAGUGUGACUUUUGAUCAUGAUCUCUCUGGAGUCAGACUCCAGAGUCCCCUGGACACCUGAUCCUAAUUUUGAGGAAUCCAUCUACCACAUGGAUCUAUCCUGGAGCUGUUGUUCCCAGAAGUAUGUAAUACCUUGGAGCGGUGUUUCAGAAGUCAAGCGUCCCAGAGUCUCAGUUUAGCCAUCUAUCAGCCUCUGAUGACCUAAAGUUCUUGAAGGGAACUGGCUCUGCUUUCCUGAUUUUUUGCUGCACAAUGGAGUUUUGGAAAAUCUCGUGAACUUCAGUUCUUGCUGGAAUUUCUUGUAAAGAAAUAUCAAGUUUCUCAUGGGCUCACUCAACAAAGAUGGAGCCAUUCCAGACCUUCUCACAAGGAAACCAACCAUGAGAGUACUGCACAUGUACGUGGAAAAUCCAUUUUCCUAAGUGAUUACUUUCCUUGUCUAGUCUUACAGUAAAAUUAGUCUGCUGAGAAACAAUUGCUGUAACUGAAUUGAAAGCCUGCUAGACAACACUCAUUCUGAAAUAUAGAUUUAAUAAAGUCAUAUAUGAAACCAAA